GCAAACAGUCUGGAGUACACUCGUUCAGAAUAGUUUCUUUCCGUUUGGGGAUUAAAAAUCACAAAGCCAUGUCUCGGACGAAACAAGAUAGUCCUAGGAGGCACCAAGAAGUUUUUCCCGGUCUUUUGUUGAGUUUCGUCCUUAUAAUUGGUGUCCAAGGAAAAGGAACUGCAGAAACAACGGUCUUUAGUUCAGCUUACCCAACUGACGACCCAUCUGAAUCAACGGAAGGUUUAACAGAAUUACCAGAUACUACCACGGAGUUCCCUGUCCUAUGGCCCCCGUAUUCUGAAUCCGCAGACGGGUAUAUCAUCUAUUCAGAUAAAUGCAAAAUUCCAGAACUUCCAAUAUUGACGCAGGAAAUCCAGCCGUUUCUGAAGAAUAUAUCGCGGUUGCCCUGCUUCCCGAUGCCACCCUUAACGAGAAUCAUUCGACACAAAUCAACAGGAAAGCGGAUUUUGUACAUAGACAGGAUAAUGGAGCCUAAGUACUUUACCUGUCCUACUGACUGUUGUUACAGCGAAAUAAGAAAAAUGUCCGGAUUGCAUGCUGAAGAGACAUUUGCGUGAGUGAGUUUGAUAUCUUAGAAUUA